AUUAACAAUGACACCUAGACAGUGAACGAAUGUAUUUUCUUCGAUUAAAAAACUAAUUACUCCAUCGACAACCAGAAACCAGGAGAUUUUACAACAUGAGCAGAGAAUUUGUUUUACCAAGCUGUGGUUUUAAUUCUGUGGAUAUAGACGAUGACAAUACAUGUACAUUCUGAGGCUUGGAAUGGAAAUCUCCGAUUCAAAUCUUGUAUCAACAAAAGAGGAACAUUAAUCUGGCAGGGUAUUACAAUGCUGAUCAUCUUCUUGACGUCGAUAUUCUGAGGUUUGGAAACGGAAAAAUUUGAUUCGUUGUCUUGGUGCCUAAAUCAGUGAUUAGGCCCUAUUAGGUAACUAUCGUUUGGAUUGCUUAAUGUAAAACUCGGUGUAAGAUCAGAAUUUUCUUCUCCAGAACAAUCUCUAAUAUAUUCAAGUAAGCAGUAUACUAAUAAACGGCAAAUUGUUUGGGAUCACCCAUGCUUCAUUUAAUUCAUUAACAUGGCGAUACCCAUAGGUCAAAUUCCUUUCCGUAAGAAAGGUCAGACACGCUGUAUCGAGCACAAGGGUAGACAACUAGAACUUUACUGUGAAAAGUGCGACACACUUGUUUGCCUCAAAUGUUUGUCGACGAUUCACAAAGGUCAUGAUGUUUGUGAACUCAACGAAAUUACCUCUCAGAAGAAACAAGACAUUCAAAACUUUAUUGAAAGGACCGAAAAAAAUGACCUGGUACAACUUCGGGAAUAUAUCACAUCUACUGAUACACUUCUUAAAGACAACACCAGCAAUUUUGAGAAUCUAUCACACAAGUUGAAAACGCAAACGGAUCAGUUGAAACAAGACCUCGACUUACUUACAACACAGACACUCUCUCUUUAUCAGAAAAUGGAGGAGGAUAAUGCCAAGCUGAAACAAACAUACAAACAGGACCUGGAAAUGUGCAACAAGCAACUCGGACAACGAGUACAGGAAUGCAAGUCAGCACUUCAGCGUGGCUCUAACAUAGAAAUCUACGAUGCAGGAUGCAGUAUCAAAACAAAUCUCCCUGUAAAACCUGUCCUGGGUACUGCCAGCUUCACUCCAAACAAAAAUCCUAAGCAUCACCUAGAACUGGCCUUAGGGACAAUUGACAUAUCACGUGAAGGUCAAGCUUCAGUUGACCAGGACUAUACUUCUGUUACACCAUUUGGUGGUCAGAAACCGUCCUCUACAUCACAACAGUCAGAACCAAAAGGAAAGAAGGCAGUGACUAUGUACAAACAACUGCUACAGACCAAAGUGUUGGAGGAGUGGGAGUCUCCUGUUGGUAUUACUUCUAUAUGCCCCACCACUGAUGGUCAGGUGUGGACCAGUUUUAACAGUAACACAUUAACUCUCCUGGACAGGAACGGGAGAGUAAUACAGCAGGUUAAACAAAAAGCUAACAUCAACAGCAUAAGUCUGUCACCAACAACACACACACUGUGGGUCUGUGACGCAGAACACAACAUCACGGAGCUGGUAUCAGGACGACUAACAAACAGAUUCAGCACCAAGGAGAGACCCAUGUGUAUCUGUGUUACUGCCAGUAACCAUGUCAUUGUUGGGAUGACCGAACACAUCUCCAAAUUUACCACACAAGGUCAAAUGGUACUCACUACAAGUUCUACAGGGACUUGGAAGCCAUUAGUGUGUUCACCACGGUGGAUUUCAGAGUGUCCUGUCACUCACACUGUCGCAGUGGUUGAUUGUAAUUAUAAGAGAGGUGGUGGUGAUGGGAUACCACAUGUUAUUGUUAUGGACACUGAUUUAAAGGAACUGUUUGUAUACAGAGGUGACAUACCCAGUACAUAUAAACAAUCAUCACAGAAAGGAGCUCAACCAUUUAACCCCCGGGGUGUGGUGUAUGACAGUGUGGGGAACAUUAUCAUAGCGGACUGUAACAACAACAGAGUCCUACUCAUCAGUGGACGUGGUGAGUUCCUCAGGAUCAUACACACGGACACAAUCUGGACAUGUGAUGUAGGUGUAGACAGGGAGGAUGUCCUGUGGGCAGUGUUUGGUGGGUGUAAUGUUAAACUACUACAGUACAACAGUGCGUGACUCCUGUACUAUUACACUCGUGUCGGCACCUUCAUAUUGCUACGAUGAUAACACAAAACUCCUUAAUACAAUCAACGAUCAGUCAAAACUCUACCGUAAUUGUAAGCUAUCAGGAUCAACGGAGGAUAGUCGUCAAGCAUUUUAUUGCAACUUUACAGUUUUAUGAUUCCAAAAGUUGUUUCCAAGCAUCUACUUAUAUUAUCAGACGUUGCAUAUUUGCUAAAGGCUAGAUCACUCUGCUUUUCACUGUUUGUUUAACAUUGCUCGAAUAUGUAAGCUUUAAAGUUUCAUUAAAAGUAAAACUUGAAUUUG